CAAGAAAGGUUUAAAAUGGAUAUGUUGAGAACAGUUGCAGGAUCAGAAAUAAUGGAGCAGGAGGUGAAGGGCAAAGGAAGCGAAGAGCGAUGGACAGGAGCCAUAGCAAAUCUCACCGAGAUGGCUUCAAAUCUUGAUUCUCUGCAGAAAUUACUUCUCAAAAAAGCUGUUUUCGUCGACGAAGAUACCUUCGCCAAGGCCUCACUUACCUCGGAACAAGCCCGAACCAUCAAGGUCCUUGAACAAAGGGUGGAGACGCUUGAAAGAGAGGUAGAUGCUGCAAUCACAGCAGCAGCGCGUGCUCGUUCCGAGAAGCGACAGGCUGAGGCUGCCCAAAAGGCCGCCGAAUUGCGUGCCCAAGAGGUUACAAAGGAGCUCGAGAACACCACAAAAGUAUUUGAACUUCACAUGGAAGAGUUGCGAGCAAAGCAAGAAGAGAUCUCUAAGCGUGACAAGGAAAUUAAACUACUUGAAGCAAUAAUUCAAACACUUGGCGGUAAGGAUUCUCGCUCUUCCAACCUUGAAUGAGGAAAAAAGAAAUUUAAGGAAACAAUAAAACUUAGUUUUCUCAUCAUACUACGUAUCAAUUUUUCUUUUUAGUGUAAUGUAAUCAGUUUAUACAAAUCUUUUACUGUCAUCGUAACGAAAGUUUGCUUUGUAUUUUCACAA